AUGAAGCUCUUCGAGAGGAUCGAGGAGCAAUUGCUCCUUUACAAAAAGUCCAAUGCGCUAACAAAGCUUCUAAAUUUUGAAAAGCGAUUUGUUUCGUCUCACAGUCUGGAUUCACAAUUAAAAUGGAUCAACCGUCAAUUUCAAGAACAACUGAACGGGAUAGCAAUCUGUGAGCGUGAGAUCUAUCUGAAUGAACAAAUAAGUGCUCUCGAGAAACAGGCCAAAGGGUCGCCCUUAUCAGAUGAGCAAACUCAGCAACUGAAACGACAUGAAGAGGAACUCAGGAAUUUGGAUAUGGAAUGGUGGUUGCAUAAACGGACUAUGAGCCGGAAUAUGGUUGAUCAACCCAAGGGGCCCGCUAAAGAGGGGGAUGCUGUAACUUUGACUGUGGAUGUUGCACGUCUCCCAGAAUUUGUUCUCGAGGGGCAUUGGAAAUUCAUUGCACGGCUGUUUACUGUGGAUGCUGUAUUCGUCGAAGGGGAUGUGAGGAAAUUCCAAAAGAGCUCCCAAAUACUUAUCGCCUACGCAAAAGGCCAUCGCUAG